CUCCCUCCCUGUCACAGAUACUGGAAGAAAAAUGGCGACUAGAAUACUGCGGCUCCCGCUGCGACUUUGCACCAGAAAUGCGGCGAUAAUGGGCCGUAACACCGGCUUGAAAUCGACGAACAUAUCGAGGACGACUCCAAUCCGAACCGUAGUAUCGUCGUCUUCAGGGGCAAUCCUGCCCAAACCGGACAAAACGCCAUUCGGUCUUAUCCGCAUGACAAUAGUGGUGGUGCCUUUCCUGUAUGUGGGAACUCUGAUCAGCAAGAACUUUGCAGCUCUGUUGGAGGAACACGAUAUCUUUGUCCCCGAGGACGAUGACGACGACGACUGAGCUAACUUCAGAAAAUGAAUGGGUGCUUUGCAAUACAGACUGAAAGCAUACCAGGCGGCACAAGGAAGAUGGAGAAGAUGGGGCAUUUUCACUUCCAAAUACCUCCCUCUGCCUCCAUCCAGCUCCUCUGCUACUUAUCUUGUUUUCAUCGAAUAUCAUUUUAGAAAUUUCAUAUCAUGUGAGGCUGUAUAAACUAUCAGUUUUGCCCUCACUCUUGUUUGCAUGUUUCUGUCUGUCAACUCAAUAAAAUGAGUCUGUCACAUGUGGAAAA